GGACCGGGAUUAGGCUCAUAGGCACCGUGGAGGAUCCGAACUGGUUCCCCCUUCGGCGCUCCUCUCUGAGUUCGAAUUUCCGAAGCAUCGGAAGCCAAGGAACAAAGAAAUGGUGGGCUAACUGAAUCGAGCCUUGGAAGUCCUCUCCAUUCUCCCCCAAAUCGAAACACAAAUAUUGUUUUCUUCCCCGAGAAUCCCUCUUCGAAUCGAACGCCUCAAACCCUAGAAUCCAUUCUUCCUCUAAUUUCCCCCUCCUCCCUUCUCUUCUUCCCCUCUUCGGCUCGCUACGAUGGAGAACAAGCGGCCAGUCCGCUGCAGCGAGAACGAGGAGAUCGUGCUGUACCUAUGGAGAAAGCGGCAGGAGAUGGCCGAGCGGAAUGGGAUAUCGGAAAACCUCGACUCUACGCUCUCCAACGCGUAUCGCAACAUCUGCGGUGCCAAAACCCCGAUCAAAUCCCUAAAGGACCUAUCUCACAUCAAGGGUGUCGGGAAGUGGAUUCUGAGGCUUAUGCAAGGGUUUUUCCCCAAGGAUGACUCUGACGCAUCCCCGACUAACAAUGUUGAACAAAAGGGAAAGAAAGCAAAAGGGCCCAAACGUUAUGUACCUCAGAAGAAUUCGGUAGCGUAUGCCUUAUUGGUUACUCUUUACAGGGCAAUGGCGAGUGGGAGUAGUUAUAUGAAAAAGCAGGAACUCAUUGAUACGGCUGAAGCAAGUGGGUUGUCUCGAACUGCAAUCGCGCCAGAUAAGGGAAAAGGGAAACCUGGGCAAUUUGGGAGUUCACCGGGGGACUGGUAUACUGGAUGGAGUUGCAUGAAGACCUUGAUAUCAAAAGGAUUGGUUGUGAAAUCUAGCUGCCCGGCAAAGUACAUGCUAACUCAAGAAGGGCAAGAAACUGCACAUGAGUGUCUGUUGCGAUCUGGAUUAGCUGGUCCUUCCGAACCCUUGACUGUGACUUCUGGGUCUCACAUUUCUCUUGGUGGAGAAAGUUUGUCACAUCAAGAGUUUGUUGGAGCUGCUUCUGCUCAUGAAUUAAUGUCACAUUCAGCAGAUUUGAGCUGUCAAUUGGAACUAAACAAUAUUCCAAGUAAGGUUGCAGACAGGAACUUCCAAAGUGUUCAAGUCGAUUCUUCGGAUUCGGAGUCUGCAGAACUUGCUAAGGAGGCUUGUUUUUCAACACUGACUGCCUGCACCUCUGCAGAGAACAGGACAAAAUCUGGUUCUGGUGGCACAUCCAUUUGUGCACCUCCAUUUUCUGCAGAAUUAGCUCCAGACUCGUUCAAUCUGUGGGCUUGCAGUUCAUUGGAUAUACCAGCAUAUGAAACAUCUGGUGGCGAUAAUGUGGAAAGGGAGAUCGAUGCUCUUGCAAUGCCACCAUACAAAUCUGGGGAGAGAUUUGAGGACACCUAUGAUGUUAUCUUGAUACUGGAUGAUCGUGAAAAUUUUGGGUCUCGCUCAAGAAAAGUUGUUGAUAAUAUACGCUCUCAAUUCAGUAUCUUAGUAGAGGUUAGACGCUUGCCUGUUGGAGAUGGAAUUUGGAUUGUUCGACAUAGACAGUCUAAUAAUGAGUAUGUUCUUGACUUUGUUGUUGAAAGGAAAAAAGUUGAUGAUUUAUGCAGUUCAAUCAAGGACAACCGGUAUAGAGAUCAGAAACUGAGGCUACAGAGGUGUGGACUGCGAAAGCUAAUAUAUCUGGUGGAAGGCGAUCCAAAUUCUCUGGAAGCUUCCGAAAGCAUCAAAACAGCUUGUUUCACCACGGAGAUUUUGGAAGGGUUUGAUGUGCAGAGGACCAGUGGCUUUGUUGACACUGUCAAGAAAUAUGGUUAUCUUACAAAAUCAAUAAGUCAGUAUUGCAGUAUGCACUUUUCCAGUGAGAAUACCAAGAACUCUAGAGUCUGCCCGUCCUACAACGAGUUUGUCAAGAGGUGUCAAGAUCUUGAGAAAAUGACCGUGAGUGAUGUAUUUGCCCUCCAACUCAUGCAGGUUCCGCAAGUAACAGAAGAGGUUGCCCUGGCUGUUGUAGAUCUCUAUCCAACUGCUUUAUCACUAGCUCGAGCAUAUUCUUUGCUUGAGGGGGACAUACGUGCUCAGGAGGAGAUGUUGAAGAACAAAAGCAACAUGAUCAGUGCAAGUGCUAGCAGGAACAUCUUCAAGCUGGUCUGGGGUUCUUGAUAAGUUUUCACCUUCCAAUGGGCCGAAAGUUUGCUGCUCAAAUCAGGACAACUACUAGCAGCAGGCAAUGUCUCAAUGAUUUUAAAACCUUCUACAUUCUUAAGCAUAUAGCCAGGAGUGUUGAUUGAUGUACGUCGAACUUUUUGUAAAAAGGAAAUGUUGCAAGUAAUCAGCAGGGAUGCGACAAUCAUGCUUCUUUAUUCUUAACUAUUUAGAAUUUGUCGAGUAGGAUUUGCAGCAAGAGGAGGAGCAAGGACCUGGGUUUAAAAUCUUGACCGCUGGCUGCACUUUCUCACGGGCAAAACAUGAUUCAUUUUGAAACAACAAAGAUUACCGGUCAUAUUGAAGGAGGGGGUUCGUUGUAGUUCUCUUCUUAGUGCACUAACACAAGCCAUAAUAGUUGGGCUUGUUUCUUCUGGCCAAACCUGCUUUUUCCUGGAAUAACAAUUUCUAGGGGCCUGCAAUAAUAUUGAUUUAACAUAAGUUUCUUUCUCUUUCCCCGUUUAACUUAGAUAAUUACUUGGUCCUGGAAGCAUUGCAUCCACAAAUAAGAAAUUUGAGGGAAACAAAAAUUUAUGAAUAACUUUUCCAAAAGGAAUGAUAUCCCUAUUCCACUUUUUCUUCAUUUUAGUUCAUUUCAUAACAUGUAAAGCAUGAACAAGAAAUGAUAUCCGAUCUUAUAACAACAUUUUAUUUCAAGUAUGAUACUGGAAGGCUCAUGGAGAUGCCUUUCCGGGGCUGAUUUAAUUUAGUAUGAUUUUAUAAUUUGAGUUCAAGACAGCUAAUAAGCAUUCUCUAUUAUUCUCGUGACG